AUGGGCAAUAAAACUAGUAAGCUUCAAGAGAUACCAAAAUUAAAAAGUGCAGAAAUUGAAGAAUUUUCUAACUCCCCCUAACAAAAAAAUUUUGUUCGCUCAUGGGUUAAUUAUUUUUUAUUUAAAAAAUUUAGAUUUUUCGAAAUUUAAAAAAAUCCAAUUUGUAAAAAUUGAGAUGCAAAAAAUAAUUUAAUUUGCGAAAUUUAUAUUUUAAAAUGCAACUUGUUUAAAAUUAAUCAGAAUUAGCUAGAGAUUUCGUUAUAAUAAUUAUCAUUUAUAUAUCAAUUUUUUCUCAUAAAAAAAUUUUGUUUGCUCACACGGAGGGUGGGUUUUUGGGCAAAAAAUACGGAUUUUUCUAAUGGUUUUGUUCGCUUACGGAGGGGGGGUAAGCAAACACUCUUCACCCACGAGCAAAUUGAAAAAUUGUACACACAUUUUUACAAAAUUUCUUCUUUAGAAACUGAUGAUGGCGUGAUUGAUUUUUCAGAGUUUUGCUUAAAUCUCCAUAACCCUCCUGAAUCAGUCCUAUGUGAAGGGGUUUUUCAUCUAUUUGAUGCCAACAAUGACGGAACCAUAAACUUCAGAGAAUUUUUAAUUGGAAUCAGCACUUUCAUGAUCCCAAAAGAAGAUUUAUAUAUUCGUAUCCCGGCAACCAGACUAAAAGAGCAAAUUGAGGUGUCUUACAGAAUGUUCAGCGGAAUGAGAAAUAAAAUUUACCUUAAAGACGUUAAGAAAAUGAUGACUUCGGCGAUAACCGACAAUCAUUCAAUAAAUUUGGACAAUGGUAUGAUUGAAGCUAUAGUUGACCGAACUUUUAGCGAUUUGGAAUGCGAAGAAGACAGCCAUGGGAUCUAUAUUGAUGCUAAUAGCUAUAAGAAAAUGAUAUUAAAGAACCCAGAAAUGCUGAAAUGGCUUUCAAUUGAUAUUGAAAAGGCUACGAAAUCAAUUAAGACCUUUAUGAGAAAAAGUAAGGCAAGAUGCUUAUAA